AUGAGGGAGCUACAGCAGCAGCAGCAGCAACAGAAGGAGCAGCAGCAACAGAAGCAGCACCAGCACCAGAAGAAGCAGCAGAAACAGAAGCAUGAACAGCAACAGCAGGACAAACAGCACCAACAGGAUCAGCACCAAGAGAAGCUGCACAAGCAGAACAAACGCCAGGAGAAGCAGCAACAGCACAAGUACAUCCAGUCAGAGCUUGAGGGGCAGCAACUGCAGCAUAAACCUCAGCAGCACCCUAAACAGCAACCACAGCAGCUGCUGCGGGGGCAGCCGCAGCAACAGCCGCAGCACCACCUGGAGAAAGAGGAGAGGGAUAAGCAAGAGACUGCUGGUUUACAGAACCAACAAAAAACACGACAGCAACCGCAGCAAUGGGAACAAAAACCACAGCAGCAACAGCAGCAGAAGCAGCAGAAGCAGCAGCAGCAGCAGCAGCAGCAGCAGCGGAGGCUAUCGGUGGCAUCGGUCAAAAAGAAGAAAUUCCAAAGCAAAGCAUUACACGAAACAGACAAAAAGAAGGCAAUAGCAGCAGCGGCAACAGCAGCAGCAGCAUUAGCAGCAGCAGCAGCAGCAGCAUUGUCGUUAAGGAAUGAGGAGGGGUCAGCAGAGCAGGGCGACGAGUCGACUGUAGAGACAGCGGGAGACGCAGCUACAGCAGCAGCAGCAGCAGCAGCAGCAGCAGUUCCUGCUGCUGCUGAAGAUGAUGAUACAGCAGAAAGCGACAGCAUAAGAGAGGAUGAAUCAACUGAUGAAGAAGAAGAAGAGGAGACAAAAAAGGAGACAAAAAAGGAGACCAAAGAGGAGACCAAAAAGGGGACAAAAAAGGGGAAAAGAAAAAAGGAGACAAAAAAGGAGACAGAAGAUGAUAUGCCAACUCUGCUGCCAGGGGCACCACAUGCCUUCCCUAUAUACCAGCAGCAGCAACAGCAGCAACGGCAGCAGGAUGAGGAGGAAGAGGCGGAGGGAGAACAGCAAGAAGAGAAGCAACAGCAGCAGCAGCAGCAGCAGGCAGAGGAGCAGCAGAAGGAACACUAUGCGGAGCGGCAGGAGAAGCAGCGGAAGGAGCAGCAGCAGCACCAGCAGCAGGGGCCUCACGAGAAGGAAGAACAGGAGGAGGAGGAGGACCAGCAGCAGCAACAGUAUCAGCAGCAGCAGCAGCACGAGGAGGAGGAACAGCAGAAGGAGGAGGAGGAGGAGCAGGAGCAGCACGAAGAGGAUGAUGGGGAUGAGGAUGAUGAUGACGAUGAUGAUGAUGAUGAUGAUGAUGAUGAGGAGGAGGAGGAGGAGGAAGAAGAGCAGCAGCAGGAGCAGCAGCAGCAGCAGCAGGAACAGCAGCAGCAGCAGCAGCAGCAGCAGCAGGGUGAGCAACAGCAAGAGCAGCAGCAGCUGGGUGAUGGAGCUGCGGUAGAGACAGGAGAGGGAGAUUUGCAAGAAGCAGCAAAGACACCAACAGAUGCUGCUGCUGCAGUUACAGCAGCAGCAGCAGCAGCAGGAGCUGCUUCGGAGCAGAGCACAAUCACCAGCAGCACCAGCAGAAGCAGGGAGGAGGAGGAAGAGAUGCAUGAUUGUCCUACUGCUCGUGCCCCUUUAUGUUUAUGGCCAGGUAAGGCAUUAAUAGAUUAUAACUUAGGGGAACUAAUAGAAGACAGCAGCAGCGCCAGCAGCUGCGAGUCCCGCUGCAGCAGCAACAUACAUUGUGCUGCUUGGGUAUAUAGAGGGUCUCCUCAUCAUACUUGUCAGCUAAAACAGUUGCCGACUGCAGCAACAGCUGCAGCCGCCGCCGCCGCAGCAGCAGCAGCUUCAGCUGAUCCUGCUGAUGCUACUGGUGUUGCUACUGGUGAUGGUGGUGGUGCUGCUGCUGCUGCUGAGUUAUUACUGAAGGAGACAGCUGUUGCUCGUCUGUUAAGGAGACAGAAGGCAAGAGAGGAGACAGAGAGACAAUUUAUGCUUGUCCCCUUUGCUCAUGCAAUCACGGGGCUGGCAGAUUGUCCUAUUAAAGGAGACCCUUCAAGGGUAUCUAAGCAUCGCAUGCAUGCGCUGCUGCUGCUGCAGCGAAAGCAGCAGCAGCAGCAUAUACGCAUGCAAAGAAAAGCAGCAAGAGCUAAGGAAAGAGAAGACAGAUUCAAUGAACGAAGACAACAUAGACUUAAUACAAGACUACGCAAAGGAAAGCACCAGCAGCAACAGCAGCAGCAGCAGAAAGAGGAACAGCAACAACUAAUGGAGGAGCAAGAGCAGCAACCGCAGCAGCAACAGAAGCAGCAGGCGCGAGAACGGCAGCGGCACCAGCAUAAAUAUACAACACCUCGAGUCUACCCACAGUGGCUGCAGCAGAGAAGAGUGGGGGAGCAGCAGCAGCAGAAGCAGCAGAAGCAGGAGCAGCAGAAGCAGGAGAAGCAGCAACAGCAGGAACAGCAGCAGCAAAAGCAGCAGCCAGAACAGGAAGAGCAUCGGCAGCAGGAGGAACAGUAG